GAGCCAGCUUUCGACCAUGGCCUCUGAACUGGAGUCGGAGAUGCUUGCGUCGGACUCCAUGGACGAGUUUGACGAGGAAUUGUACGAGUCGUCGUCGUUGAACGCUUCCACCCAAGAUGUUGGCCGACUGACUGCUCGCAAUGGAACCACGAAACGACCUACGUACCGACGCCAGGUGUCGAGUGACGUGCUGAUUGCGUCGGUAUCGACAUCGGCGAUGCUGAGACACCCGUCCACCACCAAAAAAGCUGCUUCUCUUCGCCAGGUUCUGAGUAAUUCGUCUACUGAAAGUAGUGAGUUGCUUCUGCCGGCAGCUUCUACCACCACUGGAACCGGUGGUCUUUUGAUGCCUCAGUCGAAUAUGGCUCUGUUUGUGUUUGGGAGGUCGGGCUCGCCCAUCAACUCCACCUUCCCGCUGGCGGCUCCGGUGCCUCGUUCCAGCUCUCCGCCGGUGGGUGUGACAAAUGGACCCAAGUUUAAAGGGGAGAAGAUCAAGUACGGGACCACGCAUCCUAUUCAGGAAGAGAACGAGGAUGACAAUUCGAGUUGACAACAGGGACGAGUCAGGAGAGCUAGAGAGAACCAGAGGCUUUGAUCUACAAACGUGGAUUUCCUCUUGUCUUGGUGUCAAUAGAGACAUCAAGGCAAUGUAUUAAUAGUUAAUGUAUGAAUAGUUUUGCUCGGGUUUGGGUACACAACGCUGCUACAUCGUUGUCACCUCACUCAACCAAGUACCACUCUUGCUCACCUCACUCUACUAAGUACCACUCUAGCCCAUUUUCUUCCGCUACCACAGUCCUCACCUAUUUUAGU